AUACAGUACAAAUACAGGUACAUACAAACAAAUAUACACACACACACACACAUACUUAUAUAGAUACAGCACUUUGUUUUUUUUAAUGUGUUUUGUAACUGUGUGUGCUGCUAUUUUGGCCAGGUCUUUCUUGGAAAAGAGAAUCUCAAUGAGACAAACCUGGAAAACUGUAAUAAAAAGUUAUUAAUAAAAAUUACAUAAAUACAUGUAAGAAAUAAGCAGACACAUGCAUCAUACAUGUAUAUACACAUAUAAAUACACCAAUAGACUAACUGAUUCUGCACUCCUAUUGACUCUGCAGAUUAGAUCAGUGAGUAUUCCCAAACACAGACACACACACACACACACACAAAGAGAGAGAGGAAGAAACCCAAGGCUGAUCAGUUUGUUGAUUAUUCUGACAAAUGCUAAUGGGCUGUGAUGUCACUGGGGCAAACGCAAUCUCCUAGAAACCUGGGGGAAAGCUAAUUAUAGCAGCAUAGACAUUCUAUUACUGUAUUAAGCUUCAAAUGUCAGAAACAAAAACAUUUGUAAAGCCAUGUUUGACCCUUUGAGGAACUCAUUAUGUGUUAAUGUUUCUAGAUGAUGACAUCAAGAAGGGCUGCUAAAUGUUCUAGAAUGCUGGAGAAUUCCCAAAUAGACCAUUCAGAAUAACAAAUGGUUCACUCCUCAAAGGGUUAAAACCAUUUGCAUGUUUAGGGAAGACAUUUCGCAAGAUUAGAGAAACACAAAAUCACAGACACACACUGGGGACCGAUCCACUUUUCUAUGUAUGUAGUCCUUUUGUCAGUGUGUAUCUUGUAAACAGCUCUUUGACUGCUGGUGUGAAAGUCGGCUGAUCUGCUAUUCUGUAUUUUAACAAGCCUGGGAGACACUCCCAUGAAUUUCCCGCCUUUCUCUCUCUCACAUGAAUGUAGCUUUCUUUUAGGCCAAAUUAUAAUUUUAAAGCAUAUUUUAGGAACUAUAGAAUGCCUUUGAAGGAUUAGGAUAAAAUAGUAAUUUGGGUCUAGUUUCAAUUGGGUUAUAUAUGAAGGAAAGAUACAUCAGGGAAGCGAUGGUUUAGUGAGAGAGAGAAAAAAGGAAACAUUAUAGAUAUUUGACCUUGAUAGUGUAUCCACAACCAAGAAUGAAGCCAGCGUAAAGUUUUUAAGAAAAUGACUGAUGAUGAUAAUUACUUCAUCAUCAUCACUCAUACUUGUAAAACUGGCUAGAAAAAUCCACAUCAUCGUACAGUUAAUCAGUUAAACUUGUGAUUAUCAUAAGGGUGACAUUUUAAUAUAUUUUUUAUUCAUGACAAGCGAUGACAACCAAAAAUGUUAUUGCAGUUGCAUCAAACACCAAUGCAAAAAAGCUGAACCUCCAUGUAUUCUGGCGUCAGUGCUGUGCUCUGCAUUUCGAUUGGACAUUCAUUGAUCUUUAUAGAUAUGUAGGUAGGUAGGUAGGUAGGUAGGUAGGUAGGUAGGUAGGUAGCUAGAUAGAUAGAUAGAUAGAUAGAUAGAUAGAUAGAUAGAUAGAUAGAUAGAUAGAUAGAUAGAUAGAUAGAUAGAUAGAUAGGUAGGUCAGUGCAUUGCAUAGUUAGGUAUAGGUAGAUAGCUACAGCCGCUACUGUAGAUAGUUUCUUAAACUCAAGUCUCAACAUGUUUCUUAUAAAUUACUGGCAGUUGAGUUCAUGUAAUUGAUAUCUGUCUAAAUAUGAGCAUACUCUUAAGUUAUUUAUUCCUGCAGGUUGUUUUUUGUAUUACUUCUAGUUUGUUCAGACUAAACAUUGGGAUUGACAUACUGAUCUGGAAUCACUGGCACCGAUGGAAAGGAAGGCAGGGCCUCAAACAUACUCUGGUGAUAGAGAAAGGUUCAAAACAGCAUCACAGUUACUAUAUCAAGACGUUAGGGAUGUUUCUAGGUGUUGGUUGGUAAGUAAUGACCCAUUUAUUGAGCAAUGAAAGGACAGGCCUUUAUGGCAGUAACAAACACUACACCAGAACUAUGUGGAGAAACACACUGGAAUCUCUUAAACAGACAAGGCAAAUGUGGACGUGGAAGACUUGCACCACUUCAGUGUUUAGAGACAGCUAGUCAUUCUCAACAUAUCAAACACAUCCAUAACUUUUGUUUUUACCAAAUAGACAUAUUGUACAUUGUAAUAUUCAUUUUUUUUUUUAUUCAUUCAUGGUGUAAAAUAUCUAUGAAACAAAGCUUUUAUGUUUAACCAAAUGGUGGGCGUAUGGAUGAGAAAAGGGACAUUAGUAGUGUAGAAUAGGUAGUGUUGGGGGAAUUUAAACUGUAAGUGUAACUGCAGUGUAACUAUCAGUGUAACUACCCCUGAGUUCAACUGUCUUCAGAUCUGUUCUAUAAAGCAACUAGGACAGUUUCUACCCAGUAUUUCUGUAUAGGUUCUCCUAGAACAACAAAGUUCUAGGCUUCCCUCCCUUUACCAUAGUGUUUUAUAUUGAAAUGAUGAGGGUGGAAUCGUUAAAAAAUGUGUCCUGUCAUAAACGGACGGAUAAGGUGAUCUAUAAAUGGUAGAAAAACCUGGUUCUAAGAGUUCUUGAGCAAAGCCAUUUUGUUGAUAUAUAUUGUUUAUAUUUGAACUCCUCUCUGCCCCAGAAUCUCUAUGCCUGCCACAGCAGAGGUCUGUACAGGAAGUAAUGUCCACAUACUUGCAGACACCAUGCACCUUGGAAUAGGGAUGCUUUGCUGCUCAGUCUAGUAUUACAGUAUAUAUAUGCAUGGUGGUGCAUGGCAUUGAUUACAGCAUUGAUCACAGUCUUUUCGGUAAUCAGGGUUGUCUGCUCCUGCCCAAGGAAGGGUGUUAAUCUUACUCCGCAUAAGACUAGGCCAGUCCCAUUUAAAAGCAUGCAGGGGUUAAACUACUAGAAGAUUGUUUAAUGAGCAGUUAUCAGAACAAUGGUACAUUUGCGCUGACAUCAAUCAAUACUGCAGUUCUGCAUCUUCUCAUGUCAAGUUUGCGCCUUUUUGACGAGGUCCAGUUUUAUUGAUACUUUUCAUGACUAUACUACAGGAACAGUUGGAUCUUUACGAAAUACAUUUUGUGAUUAUAAAAACAUUCGGAGCAACAAAAGAAAAUGAAUCCACUUAAAGAAUAGGAUCUUUGGAUUAAGAAGUUAUAUUUGUUUUUGAUUACCUAACAACGACAGGUAUUAUACGUUUUUAUUAAGCAGAUUUUUGUCCCUUCGUGUAUUUCAUUUUACUUAAUGUAAAGAAAGAUGUGUUACGUUACUGUAAAUUCUGCACUUUACGUAAGCACCACGAGAGUAAUUGACCAGACUCUGACAACGAUUUGCGAUUGAUGUAAAUAGGUACACAUUGUUACUGCUGAUUUCUGUAUAUGGUUCUGUCUGACUUCUUCCAGCCAUUACAUUUAUCUUGUGGUAUAGGUCGCCAGAGAUUUUUACCCGAUCAUACUGUGUCUGCUAAAAUGUUCGUGUCCAUUUGCGGAUGCGAGGGGUGCUAAAAACCCAGAGCAAACGUAUCAGUGUUUCAAGAUUACUCAGCCAUAUAGCCAACAAUAGCUUAUGUUGCAAGAUACCAUUGCGGGUUUUUUUAUUUCCGGUGUACACGGUAAUGGCUGGAUGAUGGGCAAAUUCACUUUUUUUCGCGAAGUAUAUCCAGACAUCCAGCAUUGUACGUGGUGUCAACGGGACAGCAGCACCAAUGUGUAGCUAAUGUUUUACAAUUUAUUUGAAUGCAAAUUUACACUAAUGUUUUCACAAGAUCACAAAAUGUUAAUCUAGACUUCUGAUCUUCAGAGGGCAAUUGGUUAAAGCUUAUUGUCUGACCCGUAUAAUGUGAUCAUAGAACUAAUGUCUUUAUCUGGGACUUCAAAGGUAUUACUUUCCUUUUUUUUCUUUUCUUUUAUGUUUUCUGUGGAAUUUAAACAUUUUGGAAAUGUGUUUAUUAGCCUUUUUUGUUUACAAUGCUGUAAUUAUAAAACAUAUCUGACUGGGCUGAACUUUAAUAUAUGUUGGUGGUUUUGACAUUUUGUGUGCUUCAAUUUGUUUAUUGGUUUGGUGAAACACCUGGUUACAUGCAUACAUUUACUGUAGUUUAUCAAUAACUUAAUAUUACACACAUUAAGAAGUAAAUACAUUCAUUCUGUCAAACCACAAAACAUCACAUAAGUUGAAGUAUAAUUCCUUAUUGUUAUUGGCAUUACAGCCUCGGCUCUGCUCACUUCCACACUGUUGGGGCCCUGUAUCCACUGAUGAGCCAAAACAUUAUGACCACCUGCCUAAUAUGCUGUUGGUCCUCUGUGCCGCAAAAACAGUGCCGACCCACCGAGGCAUGGACUCUACAGGACCCUUGAAGGUGUGCUGUGGUAUCUGACACCAAGACAUCAGCAGCAGAUCCCUCAAAUCCUAAUCGUAAAUUGUGAAAGAAGGCUAGUGGAUAAAGUCCUAUCACACCCUCGCUGACAGACCUUUGACCAGCCAAGGACACCUUAUUGAUUUCUGAGGACCUGACUCUUAUUGGCUGAGAAUUCUAUUGGCCCACCUUUCUUGUUCAACAGAAUCUCACAGUAUUGAAGCUUGUAUCUCUACCACUUCUGUCUUCCAAGCUGAGGUCUAAGCAAUCAUGAGUCGGGUCUGGGCCAUAUUCAAGACCCACCCCUACAUCAGCAACAUGGCUGGAUACACAACACUGUUCGCCUCCGCAGACCUCAUACAGCAAAGCAUGUUCAGAAGGAAAAGGGGGAAUGAACUGUACACGGACAAGGAACCACACACAAGUAAUCACUCAGAAGAGGGGGCCAAGGUGAAUGCAGAGGGAACCACAUGGGCUAGUAUUGACUGGUCCCAGACUGCUCGAGUGGCUCUUGUUGGGUUCUGUUUCCAUGCCAACUUCAACUACCAUUGGCUGAAGGGACUGGAGAGGAUGCUCCCAGGGGGAGAGUUCAGGAGGGUGUCAGGGAAGGUGGUGCUGGACCAACUGGUUGGCGCACCUGCUACCAUCAGUGUCUUCUUCAUAGGUCUCAGUGUAUUAGAAAAUAAAGAAGAUCCUUUGGAAGACUGGAAGGAGAAAUUCUGGACUUCAUAUAAGACUGGAGUGGUCUACUGGUCCACAAUGCAGGCAUUGAAUUUCUCCCUGGUUCCCCCAGUUGUGCGAACAGUGUUUGUGGGUGGUGCCUCGCUGGUGUGGACGGUCUUCCUGUGCCAUUUAAGACAGCAGAAAGAUUAUAAACACAGAGAACCACGCUCUGACUGAUAUGCCAAUCACUGCAUUCAAUGAAAUUAGGAGAAAAAACUGGGACCUCAACUGAAUCCAACUGCUUGUAUAUUUUGUAUGCUUAUUAAAAUGUGCAUUCUAUCAAAGCUGAAACUUUUAGAAUUCUCAUACAAAAAAGAUGAAGGUAAAGAAUAAAUACUUUGACUCGAAAAAUGGGAAGUAUGCUUAAUUGGGUAAUUGCAAGACCAGGGUUCCAAUCCAGGGUUCCCACAGAGGGUCGUGAAAUGGACCUGUACAGUCCGGGAAGUUAGUAAUUCAAUUUGGUUGUCUUGUUGUGCUCCAGCAACUCCUUGUGGCAGCUUGGGCACCUGUGAGCUCAAUCAAUGUAGAAGGU